GAACAAACUGGGCUAUUAGCUCUGCUCUUUGUUUCCUUUUCUUUGUCCAUUAUUUCGAGCUUUGCUGGAAGUAGCGGAGUGUGCGACAUCACACAAGCUGAGAACGCGGACCGUAUAGAUUGUGACUUGGUCAUACUGUCCAAGCUUAUCAUUGCCACGAUCCAGGCAGCCUGGGAAAAGGGAGUCGAGAAACGAAAAGAGGAAGAAGGUGAUAAACAAUCGUCAAAAAAGCUCUGUGUGCAAGGACCCGCGGUGAGAAGGACACGACAAUGAGCGCAUGCCGAUGAGCCUCUUCCACGCUUUGAUCCGGACACACCACAUCACCUCACGGAAAAAGGUGGCCCUCCUUCGCAAGGCAGCAGACAAGUAUGAGUGCUACGCCCUGCUCCGGAGUGGUGGCUGCCCAGGCAUCAUGUACUGCAAAGGCAGCGAAGAGGGGGUCCGAGAUUGGGUUGCAACUGUGCAGAGACUGCGGUAUAAGGACUUCCAACUGGCAUUGAAACCAGCGCCGAUAGACCCAGAGACAUCCCCAUUAAGAGAGCGGACAGGGCUCUUUGAGGUUGAGUCUGUCAAGGAGUUUGCCGCUGCCAUGGAGAAGAGGGGCAUCUCGGAGUGGUGGAAGCGGGGAAUGGGCUUUGCAUGACCUACGGACCAAAUACCACCUACCACGCUCAGUCGCUGUUUCCAGCCCUGCACC